AUGCUGAAGGAUUCGCCUCCCUACCCCGUCACGUCUGGUCUGUGUGUUGAGUGGCCAGGAGUUAUUCUUAGCUCGGGGCCUCAAAGGACCUCCUCACCAGCACGAGUGUUUCCACGGCGGGAGAAGCUCCUUCAGGUAGCUCUUUCUAGGUGUACCUUGGGCUCCCUGCUGCAGCUGUACACCCCGGGAUCCCUGCUGCAGCUGUACAACCCAGGAUCCCUACUGCAGCUGUACACCCCGGGAUCCCUGCUGCAGCUGUACACCCCGGGAUCCCGGUUACAGCUGUACACUCCGGGCCCCCUGCUGCAGCUGUACACCCCGGGACCCCUGUUACAGUUGUACACCAGGCCCCUGCUGCAGCGCUGUACCCCAGGCCCCCCUGCUGCAGCUGUACACCCAUGCUCACUGCUGCAGCUGUACACCCCGGGGAUCCUGUUACAGUUGUACACCCAGGCGGCCCCUGCUGCAGCUGUACCCAGGAUCCCUGUUACAGCUGUGCAUCCCAGGCCCCCUGCUGUAGCUGUACACCCUGGGCCCCCUGCUGCAGCUGUACACCGCGGGAUCCCUGUUACAGCUGCUUUUUGCAGGAUCCCUAUUUACAGUUGUACACCCUGGGGCCCCUGCUGUAGCUGUACACCCUGGGCCCUGCUGCAGCUGUACACCCCGGGAUCCCUGUUACAGCUGUACACCCCGGGAUCCCUGUUACAGUUGUACACCUGGGGCCCCUGCUGUGUAACUGUACACCCGGGAUCCCUGUUACAGCUGUACAUCCCGGGCCCCCUGCUCAGCGCUCUGUACACCCUGGGCCCCCUGCUGCAGCUGUACACCCCGGGUCCCCUGCUGCAGCUGUACACCCCAGGCUCACUGCUGCAGCUGUACACCCCGGGAUCCCUGUUACAGUUGUACACCCUGGGGCCCCUGCUGUCGCCUGCACCCCGGGAUCCUGUUGCAACUGUACAUCCCGGGCCCCCUGCUGUGGCUGUACACCCUGGGCCCCCUGCUGCAACCUGUACCCCGGAUCCCUGUUGUGUACACCCCGGGAUCCCUGUUGGCCUGCUGCCCGGGAUCCCUGUUACAGCUGUACAUCCCGGGCCCCCUGCUGUAGCUGUACACCCUGGGCCCCCUGCUGCAGCUGUACACCCCGGGCCCCCUGCUGCAGCUGUACACCCCGGGCCCCCUGCUGCAGCUGUACACCCCGGGCCCCCUGCUGCAGCUGUACAACCCAGGCUCACUGCUGCAGCUGUACACCCCGGGAUCCUGUUACAGUUGUACACCCCGGGCCCCCUGCUGCAGCUGUACACCCCAGGCUCACUGCUGCAGCUGUACACCCCGGGAUCCCUGUUACAGCUGUACAUCCCGGGCCCCCUGCUUCAGCUGUACACCCUGGGCCCUCUGCUGCAGCUGUACACCCCGGGCCCCCUGCUGCAGCUGUACACCACAUUCAUUAUGUCGGGCACCUAA